GAGGUAACUACACCAGCCUCCGCUGGCAGGAGCUGGGCACAACCCCUGCCCCUGGCUCUGAUGGACGCUCCGGGCACUGGUAUUUGGGGUUGCCUGGGCACCUGGCAUCCCAGGAGGAGGUUGAUGGGUACCUUACAAGCAAGCCCAGCACAAAAACCUGUUCAACUCGGCAACAAGCGUCGACAUUGAGGCCACAGAGUUUCAAGCUGGCAUCACUUAUGUUGCAAGAGUUCGCUGCAAAACUUCCCAAGACGAGACAUCUUACGAGAGUCAGUGGAGCGAGUGGAGCCAGAUGACAGCAUUUCAGAGAGCUGCUCUCCCAGCUUUGGUGCAGCUGCCUGAAGAGCCGUUUAGCCCCAGUGCGUUGCAGUUUCUGUUCAUUCCCGUAUGUCUCGGCGCUAUACUCUACCUAUUGUUUAGCUGCAAGUUUCCCUCCAGGGCAAAGAGCAUCACCUGCCUGAGCAUUCCCACCCCUGCUGCUUUCUUCCAGCCCCUCUACACCCUGCACAACGGGAACUUCAAGGACUGGGUUGGCCCCAAGGAGGCAUGUGGCCAGGUCAGAAGACAUGAAGCCAGUGACCUCAGCAAAGUGUCUGUGGAGCCCGUGGCUGAUCCGAGUGCUCAUGAAGUGAUCUCCCAGAUCUCCUUAAAGUCGCUGGCAAAGCCCAGUGUGGCUCUGCAGGAGGAUGACUGCACCCCUGCCUCAAGCCCAGCGCAGCCGUACGUGGGUGCAAAAGAGGUAGCGGUGGGGCUGGCAGCGUUGUUUCCACACGACCACUCGGAAGCAGGGGCCCUGGCCCCGUUGGAGGGAAGCGAGAUGGAAGAUGGCAGCCCUGACAUGGAAGGAAGCCCUUUGCUCUACUUGCAGCAGGGCGAGGCUGACCUGUACAUGCUGCAGAAGUCUCUGGAGCUGGAAAGCUUGUCCUUCUGCAGCAACGACUACUGUACCUUGUGCGACGGUGAUGCUGUGGGGGGCUCGAUCCCUGCUGAAUGGCUGCAGCUCCUGGAAGGGGGAAGUCUGCCCAAGCACCCACCCAGCGGGGGAGACGCUGCCCUGCUGGGUCACCAGGUCUGAGGCACCCACCACCUGGCUCACCUCAAUGCCUGCUAGCGUCCAGCCAGGUGCUGAGGAGCAGACUGUGCCCAGCCCCUGCACAGACGAGGAGGAGGGAUCAUGGCACCGCCUUGCUUUCCACCCACUCUGUGCAGGGGCUGAGCACAAUCCCACUUCUGUCGCGUGGUGGGCCAGGCACACGCUCACCAAGGGCAUCUCUCACACUUGCUCGUGGUGUCCAGCUGGGCCACGCCAUGCUGCUGUGCGCACGCUGCCUCCUGAGCCAGAAGCGUUGUAGCCACGUGCAGCCGAAGCCAAGCAGGUCAGCUCCGCACGGCGCGAAGGCAGCUAGGUCACGUUCUGCGCAGGAGGCAGGGCACGUGGCGCAGUGGCAUGGCCUGGUGCAUGCCUCUGCCAGCCCAGGAAGCCUCUGCACCCACUAGCAGGUGAAGCAGCGGGGAGGUCUGUGGGACACCGUGCAUCCCACAAUGCUCCUGCCCUGCGCCCAGCACGGGAGCAUCCUGCCUGCAGCCCCUUGCAGCCCAGCCCUGUGUCUCCUGUGGGGUCAAAAGCAGGGCAAGGUCGGUCAGGCCACUAAGCCCUGCACGCCGCUCAGUUCAGAGCCUCACUCCAAGCCAGUUAUGGUGCUUCAUAAAGACAGCGCCCUUGUAACACAGCUGCUAACAAGGUGCUGAGCUCCU